AUUUUAAUAUACACUAAUGGAAGACACAAAAGUGCAAAUAGAGACUCACUUUACGUUCAAUAAUGGGGUCAAGGUCCCCAAAGUCGGCCUAGGCAGCUACGGUAUGAAUACAGCAGAUGAGAUAUACACAGCUGUUGCCGAAUGUGGCUACAGACACAUUGACACAGCCAGCUAUUACUUCAAUGAGGAGGUUAUUGGUGAAGCACUUCAAAAGGUCUACAAGGAAACUGACAUCAAGCGCCAGGACCUCUUCAUUACUUCGAAGAUUUGGGGACAUCAGAAGAAAGAUGUCAGAGGUGCAGUCACUGAGUCGCUCGAGAAGCUCCAGACUGAUUACCUGGAUCUCUAUUUGAUCCAUUGGCCAGUGGCUUAUGAAGAAGCUGAGGACGGUACCAAAGUGCUGGCUAAGAUCCCCAACCAUGUGGUUUGGGCUGAGCUAGAGAAACUGGUUGAUGAAGGAGUGAUUAAGAGUAUCGGAGUGUCAAACUUCAAUGUACAGAGCUUACUAGAUAUGCUUGCUUACUGAAGAAUCAAGCCUGUUUGAAAUGAAGUUGAACUCCAUCCAUAUCUUGUUCAGGAUGAACUAGUCAAGUUUAUGAAAGAUAACGAGAUAGUCCCUAUUGCAUUCUGUCCACUUAUCAGAGGAGGCCAACAAGAGCGUAGAGCACCCAAGGAUGUUUUCAAGCUAGACAUAAUUCAAGAGCUUGCCACAAAAUAUGAGAAAACUGCUGGACAGAUUUUACUAAACUGGGGUCUUCAAAGAGGACAUAUCGUGAUCCCAAAAUCUUCCAAGAAAUCAAGACUUGUGGAAAACUUGGACUGUAACUCCUUUAUUUUGGAUCAAGAGGAUGUAGAUAAGUUGACAGCCCUUAAUUGCGAUUGGAGAAUUUGCACUACCAAAAACUACGAUUUCUGAUUUAACUAUGACGUUUUUGCGUAACCAACUUGCA